ACAUGUACGAAACCCUGAAUUUAAGAGAGAGAGAAAUAUAGAGAGAGAAAUUCAUCAUCAUUCUUCUUCCCUAUCACAAGAUCUGAUUUCAUCUUCUUCCUUCAUUUCAACAACAAACUAUGGGGCUCAAAUCUCUAUUCAAGUUUAAGAAGAAGAUACGUCGCGGCGUUGCCGGUGCCGGCGCCGGCACUGGAACCGGAGGCGGGGAUUCUUCCGGCAACGGUUCAUCGGUUUCUCCGUCAAGAUCAUCAUCAAUGAGCUCCCGUGCACAGAUCGAGGAAGAAUUGAAACAAGUAUUCAACAAAUUCGAUGUAAAUGGCGACGGUAAGAUCUCAUCCUCAGAACUCGGAUCGAUUCUCGGAAGUUUAGGUCAUAACGCGACGGAAGAAGAACUGCAUAAGAUGAUUCGUGAGGUUGAUUCAGAUGGCGAUGGAUUCAUCGAUCUGGAUGAAUUCAUUCAAUUGAAUACGAAAGAUAUCGAUUCUGAUGAGAUCCUUGAGAAUCUUCGUGAAGCGUUUUCUGUAUUUGAUAUUGAUAAAAACGGUUCGAUCUCUGCUGAUGAAUUACAGAAUGUGUUGAAAAGCUUGGGGGAGGAAUGUUCGAUAUCUGAAUGUAGGAAAAUGAUCAGCGGCGUUGAUUGUGAUGGUGAUGGUAUGAUUGAUUUUGAAGAAUUCAAGGUUAUGAUGACUAAAGGAUCGUUAUUCAGUGCAAUGGAACUGCCUAAACCUAAAGAUCAUUGAAGAAGAUGAUGAUGAAGAAGAUGAUGAA